AUGGUUGUUUCAUCGGAGUCAAUGGAGCCAGAAUUCUACCGAGGGGAUCUCAUCCUGCUAUGGAAUCAUCAAGAAAAGAUUAAUGUGGGAGACAUUCCUGUGGUGUGGUUUCCUGGGCGCCGUCUGCCAAUGGUCCACCGAGCCAUCGCAGUCCUCAACCAUUCCGAUGAUGAUCAAGGAAGCAUGUCAAGGCAACUUAUAUUGACCAAGGGCGACAACUGCCAAUUUGAUGAUAGCUUCUUUUACCCAGUGGGGAGAUCGUAUGUCCACCGAGAGGAGAUCAUUGGCUUAGUUCAAGGCCAUGUACCCUACAUCGGACGAGUUGCCCUGGUGUUGAACGACAAUCCGGCAUUUCUGUAUCCAGCAGCAGCCACCUUGAUUGCUGUGGGCCUUUGGGGCUAG